AAACAUUGCUUGUACUCACUGUUGUUUAUUACUGUUAAAACUCUCAUGUUUCUGCAAAUAAAUGGCGACAGGCAUGGGUGAGUCAUUGGGAAAACCUUUUAUCCUUGUUUUGUCAGUAUAAUUUAAAUCAGUUAAGUACUGCAGUGAAAAAGGUUCACUAGCCCUGUUUAUAGCAGUGUUUCUGUUAAAAUACAACAUGCCUACUACAAAGUAUUAUGAUGACAACUUAUCAUUUCUUCCCUCUCACCAGUGGACUAGUCAGCCCCAGCAAGUUUCAGGAUUUCCUAGUUGUUCAACUGUAAUUGCAGGUGGUGCAAGCAGUCAUGGCAGUAGCGGUAGUGAAUCGGAGAUUCCUACUCCAAACAGAUUUUGUGAGGGUUCAAAUAGUCCAAUGAGAUCUCCAGACACAACAACUAUGGAGGAUCCAACGGCUCAUCUAUCACCUUAUUUGCAAAUGGUCGAACCACCAGUGGAGUCGCUAAGGUUUCGUUACCCCACAGAGAUGAAAGGGACCCAUGGCUCAAUUUUAGGAAUUAGCUCAGGUUCUAAAAAGAGCAAGAAAACAUUUCCUUCUGUUAAGAUUUGCAAUUAUAAUGCCCCACCUGAUCAAAAGGUCAUCAUCCGUUGCACUGUUAUGACUGCAGAUGAAGAUAUUCAGUCACGCAUACCACAUGUUCACCAACUCAAGGGGAAAGGGAAAACUCAGAUUCAUAAAACCAUAGAGAUUGAUGAUCCCAUUGACAUUCAAGUGACUGGCCCAAACUACCAGGCAGUGUUUGGUAACAUGACGAUCUUGUUCAUUAAAAAAGAUGAUCAGGUAACUGAAUUGGUAAACAAAAAGAAGAGACAUCUACAAAAAUGGUUAACAAAUCCAAUGCAGAUCAUUAUUUUCACAGAAGAUGAUGAAAAAGAAUUAUUGGAAAAAGCCCAAAAAGAUGUUGAAAGUAUGACUGUAAACAGACUAAACACUGCCUGUUUAAAAUUUGAAGCUUUAGGAGCCAGGAUUGGCCAACCGCAUUACACUAGUAUCUGCCAACCAAUAUAUUCAAAACCCAUCAAAAAUAUGAAAAAUGCGCAGUUCAAUGAUUUGAAAAUCUGUAGAAUUGACAAGAUAGCAGGGACGUGUCUGGGCAAAGAAGAAGUGUUCAUAUUUGUGGAUAAGGUGAACAAAAAAGACAUUAAAGUUCGAUUUUUUGAACUUGAUGACAAUAAAGAAGAAAUAUGGCAUGCAGAUGCAGAAUUGAAUGAAGAUGAUGUUCAUUUUCAAUAUGCAAUUGCAUUUAGAACCCCCAGAUACAGAAAUACGGACAUAAAAGAUAAUGUGCAAGUGUACUUUCAACUGGAGAGGCCAUCAAAUCAUGGUAGAAGUGAGCCAAAGGAGUUUGAAUAUACUCCAGACCCAGAACGAUGGAGAGAUGAAAUUAGGAAUAGGAAGAGACCAAGACGUAGCAGCCCUCCUGUCCCCAUUUCUGUCACACAAUGGAACAUGUCUGACCCCAGCACCAGCAGCGGUGACUUGACGUCUGCAACUCCCACCUGCAGUGAGAAUAGUCUAUCAGGGUUCAGUCUCAGUGACUUUGACAUUCUAAAGGAAUUCGACCUUUCGGUCCCAUUUGAAGAUUUUCAAAUGGAGGUAGAGCCACAAGAAGGAUGUAACAUUCCAUCAUCAUCACAUUCCUCACUACAAGAGGUUCUUUCAAACAUUCCUUCUGGGGACUCUGACAUCAUUAAACAAAUGAUAACGUCUGGUAAUUUUAAUGAAUGGGCCAAAUGUCAUGGAGUGGCAGACACCGACAUUGCACGAAUAACAUCAGAAGUAACAAGCUUAAAAGAUAAGCAGCAGUGGCCGCUUAGUUUUUCUGAUGAGUUUGAAACAGAUGGUUCUUCCAGCUUGAGAGUAGGAGUGGAAACUCAUCAAAUGGCAAUGGGGGCGAAGCUCAAGAAAAAGCAACCUCCACCUGCUGCUGAAACGACUGGAAUGGAAAUAGAAUUUGAAAAAAAUAGUUUUGACCAAAGAGGACUUACAAGCAAUAAUAUUGUUGUAAAAGUGGUGAAAGUUAUCAAUCUGUUGCAAUUCUCAAGGAAGACUAAGAAAAUAACAGAAAAUGCUGUGAAGCGUUACCUCUCAGAAGUCUUUGGAACCUGUGUCGGAGAGGUUAAUGAUCGAGUACUUCAUAUUAUGUCAUCGAGUGAAGACUUUCGUCCUGAAAUGCUGAGAUUUUUGUAUAUCUUGAAAAUGUACAAUAUUUCUCAGUCAGUGUUAAAUUUGAAAAAUAUUGAAGGACAGACUGCAUUGCACGUAGCUGUAGAGAGGGGCAGUUUACAAACAAUAGCUCUCCUGGUAGACAGUGGAGCAGAUGUGAACGCAAGAGAUAUAAAUCUCAACACUCCUCUCCACCUGGUGGCCAACAGAGGACAGCCAGACAUCUGUAAUGUUAUUGGUCACCUUCUAAAAAAAUCUCCAGAUUUGACAAUUUACAACAAAGACGGGCUUACAGCACUACACUUGUUGGUGAUCAAAAGAAAAUUUGACGCUAUUUCAAGUAUUCUCGUCAAAAAUGAGACCGAGAGGUUCAACUCUGUAACGACUGUUCUCAACUUGCCUGAAAGAAAGCAAGGCAACACAGCUCUACAUCUGGCUGUGCAGUACAAGUGCUUGGACAUUGUGGGCCUUCUCCUCAACUUUACGGAAUGUGUCGAUGUCAAUGCGAAAAAUUUUGAAGACAAAACACCUUUGGCCUAUGUUUCAUUUGACACAAGUGAGGAUUUAAAAAUUGAAGAACUACUGCUAAAGAAUAAGGCAGACCCAUUACUAGUACACCCAAAAAUAAGCCAAAAGUCAGAUGAGUUGAAGGAGGAUGAUUAUGAAAACGCUCAAGAUGAGGUGGAGAUGGUUGACGAUGUGGAUGAAAGCUUAUCAGCCCAUGCACAAGACUGGAAAUCAGUUGCUGAAUUGAAGCUGAUGGAUAAACAGACUAUUAGUCCUUUUUGUCAAAUCUUGGAUGACAAUCGUAACUGGCUGAACCUUUUUGAAGCUUUGGCAAAAAAUCACCCUGCACUAUUUGAGGACAUGUUACUUCACCAACUGAGCACUAGAUGGAGCCCAACAUUGUAUCUCUUAAAGUUUAUUGCGAAAGAAAUGCCAAAUCUGACAAAAGAAACUUUGCGAGACCUACUUAUGGGAAUUAAUGCUGAGUGCAGAAAAGCAGCUCAGUUCAUAGAUGAUAUGGUUCUGACAAACAUGGGUGUGUUCUAAGGCCUACAUCAACUUUGUAAAUUCUACCUAACAUGUAAAGCAUUUAGAAUGACACAUUUUGUCCAAUUGACUAUAUAAAAUUACUACUUAGUUGUGUAUUUGUAUAUUGUGUAAUCUAAAAUUUAUAUUAAUUUAAGGUUUUGAGGGGUGUAUGAUUGUAAUUAGAAACAUAAAUUAAAGCAAAACAUCCUUAUUAUUUUUUUUUCUCAGUGGUUCCUUAAAACAACAUAAAAUUUUUAUAUGACUAAAAUACUAUAUAUUUCAUCACUAAGAAAGUGGUGGCAUAAUGUGACUUAUUCUGACUCUUUGAAAAGACACUUUUUGCCCGUGUGAUGAACUAAAUUUUUUGUCAUUCUGCAACAUUAUUUGGAAAACUAGAAAACACUUAAGAGCACAAAGUACAUCAUUGCCGCUCAGCUGAGUGCUGCAAUGACUGUUGGUGCUCGUAAUACACACAAGAUUCUUCCUACCACCCUAAUUAACUUUUUACAACAGACAGAUUAACUUUGUAGAUGUAUAAAAUGCCAUUUAGGCUAUCUUUGUUUUUUUAAGGUUAUUUUAUUUGCUUACUGGUUGUUACCGGAUCGACAGCUGAUCAUUUCCACGAAGUGAUAGGAAAAAAUACUUUCAUGUAAAGAUAACCCCUCAAAACUACUUGAAACUUAUUUUCAAGAUUGUUAUUGUAAAUAAGCAGCUGUUUAGACAGCUGUCAAUUGUCAAUCUUUUUGUCUAUUGCAAUUGUGCUAGUGUACAUUUUACUAUUGUUUAAUCAUGAUAAACUUUAUGUAUCACUGAAUAGUACGUAUAGAAAUGAUGCUAGCAUACUAUUACUCUUGUUGCUAAUUUUAUUUAGAUCAUUGUUCUUAUAGUGGACCCACUCUUAAUCGGCCUCACAUUAACCGAUAACCAGAUUAUCCGCCCUCGCUCGUAAAAUAUUAAGUUUGUUUUUGUUUUGAGAGCAGUUUGGAUUAAACGCCGCUUUCUAGGAAUCUCAGCAUUUCCGCUCCCACGCUCAGCUUUAAAUAAACAUCCAGUCUUGUAACAAAAUUGUUGCUUUUACUUAGUAUCUACUGUAUUACGAUGGAUUUCUAAAGCAUAAAUUAAUAUUAUUUACCAAAGGUAUUAAAAAAGAAUUUUUAUUGACUCUUGCCUCUGACUAUAAUUUAUUUAACUGAAAGUAUUUGACUUUACCUUGUUUUGGGUUUAUUAGUGAUUUUUCUUUUGCCAAUACUAAAAAAAAGGAGAGAAGUGUAGUUUAAUUUGUAAAUUUUGCAUACACAACUUCAGAAUAAUGAUUAUAUGAUUCCAAAUUAAUAGUACUUCAUUUGUUUAAAAAAAUAAUAAAAAGUAAUUUAGGAGUAAUUAUUUUUAUUUUUUUAGGGAUUGCCUGUUUUAACCGAUCUUUUGAGUUAUCCGACCUAGCACUGGUCCCGUUAAUAUAGGUUAAGAGGGGGUCUACUGUAUUUUAAAAAGUUCAAGAGUGAGUGGUCCAAUGUAAAUAAGCAUCAUCACGAUGGUCAACUAACAUUAUCAUGCAAUUUAUGUAAAUAUACUACUAAGUGUAUUGUACAACAUAUUUUAUCCAAACGAAUUCCUCAUGUAGAUGCAUACAAUACUUUGUAAUUAUUGUAUAACUGUAAAGUUUUGGAAGUGCCUUUUAGUAAAUAUGAUAAGACUGUUUAUUAAGCUAUUGUUUGGUAUACUUUCCCAAAUGUGUAUGUUAAAGCAUUAAUGAAGACUGGUGAUAAUUUUUAAUAUGUUUGAUGAGCAAUGAUCAUGCUAAAUGCAGAACUUUGGCCGGAUACUUUUCACUAAUAUUUAACUGAGUAUGCCUGGAACUUAAAUUUUAUGGUCUUGGAUUUCACUGAGGCCAUAUUAGGGGGAAAUUGUUACAAGAGGUUUGUCUUUUGUCUUGGUUCAGCUGCCUUAUUAGGUGCUUGCAAGUUUGUUGGUCCCACGUAAAAUUUUGUUUUCCAAUCAACAAAUUUGCAAUCAAGUACAUUAUACAUUAAGUGAAGGGUUGCGUUUGUUGAUCCUACGCAUUAUUGUAGUCAUGACUUGUGUACAACAAUUAUGUUUCUGAAUUCCAAAAGAAGUUGUUUAAUAAACUUUUAAUUGUGUAAUA